AUGGCAGUUACUUCCUUCACAGUGAAAGAUCCAAGAGAACGAAAGAGGGAACAGGCCAUUGAAAUAGCACCCAACAGAGAAACCACAGUCUUUUAUACCCUAAUUUUGGAAGUAGUUCCAUCAUUUCUGAGGCUUGCAGUUGGCCACACAGACCAACUUGAGUACAACAUGGAACUACACAUGCGUGUGAAUAUCAGGAAUUCACAGGCAUCAUUCUUAACAAAGAAGUUAAAUAUUGGUGGGAAAAGAGUAAACCUUGCCAUAUGGGAUACAGCAGGUCAAGAGAGAUUCCAUGCAUUGGGUCCAAUUUACUACAGAGAUUCAAAUGGAGCUAUUUUAGUUUAUGAUAUAACAGAUGAAAAUUCUUUUCAGAAGGUAAAAAACUGGGUCAAAGAAUUACGGAAAAUGUUGGGAAAUGAAAUCUCUUUAUGUAUAGUUGGUAAUAAAAUAGACUUGGAGAAGGAGAGACAUGUUUCCACUCAAGAAGCAGAAUCGUAUGCAGAGUCCGUGGGAGCAAAACAUUAUCAUACUUCAGCCAAACAGAACAAAGGAAUUGAAGAACUCUUUCUUGACCUUUGUAAAAGGAGGAUAGAAACAGCACAAGUGGAUGAGAGAGCAAAAGGCAAUGGCUCUAGUCCACCAGGAACUGCAAGGCGAGGCAUACAGAUCAUUGACGACGAGCCCCAGGUGCAGAGCGGAGGUGGAGGGUGCUGUUCUUCCAGAUAACUGUUCAUGCCUGAGAAAUUAGAACUGUGGAUCAUUGCCCUCAACAUGAAGACUGCCAUAUUCCAAGUCACGUUAUUUUACCAAUGGAGUUAUAGAAUUAACAGUAUUUUAAAUUACGUUUAAAACACUGCAGAGACCUUAAGUGCUAAACUUAGUGGAGUUUGUGACCAGAGAAUUGGCAUUUUCUACAAAUGUUAACAAAGCAAUUACCAAUGGCCUUUUUACAUUUUUUUUUCUUUAAUGAGGAAUAAUAUGCAUGUAGAAAAGACCUACUUAAAGGCUUCAUUUAUAUUCUUUUAAAUCAAAUCUUUAUUUAAUAACUUAUAUAUGUUGUUGGAAUGGUAUACAUUUUUGCAGCCCUUUGUAUUUUGUGGUGGUUUGAAUUGUUUCACUCCUAAACAGCAGACUAUUUUGUUUUUUGUUUUUUUUUUAAUUAGCAGAUACCUGAAGUACUAUUUUUGCAGGGUUUGCACAGGCCCUUAACUGUCUCCUUUACUACUUUGAUAUAAUCUGUAUACAUCCUGUAUGCUGAGCUGGUAAAAUAGAUUGUAAAUUACAUAUUAAAUAUUUUAUCUGCUUUUACAAGCGCAAAGUGCAAAAAUAUAUACAAUAGUCUCAUCGAUGACUGUAAAGUGAAUUAACAUUUGAUGACAAUGCCUAAGCUUUUUGACUCUGAUAUAAAAAUCAUAGUUCCCUUUCACUUUUGUCUUAACGUGGUGUGUUUAAAUUUUUGCAUAUACUUUACUUGAAUUAUUGCUGUUGUCACAUA